CCGGCGGCCCGGGCGGGCUGGCAGCUAGAGUGGGUGCGAGAGCCGCCUCCGCCGUCGCCUUCUCCGCCCGGGCCGUUCGCUGCUGCGCGGGGAGAGCGAGGCGGGGCCGCCAUGGAGCCCGACUCGGUGAUUGAGGACAAGACCAUCGAGCUCAUGUUACCGAAGUGCAUGUUUGGGAUUUUGUUGAAGAAAGCUGGAUACAGUAAACGGAAAGAAUCUUGGAAGCUGCUUGACUGCUGUCUUUUCUCACACUAGUCUGAAAGGGAAUACUCCCAUUCAUUCUGGAUUGGUGGAUCUGAAGUACAAAAUAUUUUCCAGAACACUUCAGUUAUGGAGGAUCAAAAUGAAGAUGAGUCCCCAAAGAAAAGUACUCUUUGGCAGAUAAGUAAUGGAACAUCAUCUGUGAUCGUCUCCAGAAAGAGGCCAUCAGAAGGAAACUAUCAAAAAGAAAAAGACUUGUGUAUUAAAUAUUUUGACCAGUGGUCUGAAUCAGAUCAAGUGGAAUUUGUGGAACACCUCAUUUCCCGAAUGUGUCAUUACCAGCAUGGACAUAUUAACUCUUACCUGAAGCCCAUGUUGCAGCGGGACUUUAUUACCGCUUUACCAGAGCAAGGCUUAGAUCACAUAGCAGAAAACAUUCUUUCCUACCUGGAUGCCAGGUCUCUGUGUGCAGCAGAGCUGGUAUGUAAAGAAUGGCAGCGAGUGAUCUCCGAAGGAAUGCUUUGGAAGAAGCUGAUUGAGCGGAUGGUGCGCACCGACCCUCUGUGGAAGGGGCUUUCGGAAAGAAGAGGGUGGGAUCAGUACCUGUUUAAAAACAGACCCACAGAUGGCCCUCCCAAUUCAUUUUAUAGGUCAUUAUACCCAAAGAUUAUCCAGGAUAUAGAGACUAUAGAAUCCAACUGGCGGUGUGGACGACACAACUUGCAGAGGAUUCAGUGCCGCUCUGAAAAUAGUAAAGGUGUCUACUGUUUACAGUAUGAUGAUGAAAAAAUUAUCAGUGGCCUACGAGAUAAUUCUAUUAAGAUUUGGGAUAAAACUAGCUUGGAAUGUUUGAAAGUGUUAACAGGACACACUGGCUCUGUGCUUUGUCUCCAGUACGAUGAACGUGUCAUUGUGACCGGCUCUUCAGACUCCACAGUGAGAGUCUGGGAUGUGAACACAGGUGAAGUUCUGAACACAUUGAUCCACCACAAUGAGGCUGUACUGCACUUACGCUUCAGCAAUGGACUGAUGGUGACCUGUUCGAAGGACCGCUCCAUUGCUGUGUGGGACAUGGCUUCAGCCACUGAUAUCACUUUACGCCGUGUCCUGGUCGGCCAUCGUGCUGCUGUCAACGUAGUAGAUUUUGAUGAUAAGUACAUCGUGUCUGCCUCUGGUGACAGAACCAUCAAAGUCUGGAGCACGAGUACCUGUGAAUUUGUUCGUACUCUGAAUGGGCACAAGCGAGGCAUUGCCUGUCUCCAGUACAGGGAUCGGCUGGUGGUUAGCGGAUCAUCAGAUAAUACCAUAAGGCUAUGGGAUAUCGAAUGUGGCGCCUGUCUGAGAGUCCUCGAGGGACAUGAAGAAUUGGUUCGAUGCAUCCGGUUUGACAACAAGAGGAUUGUCAGUGGGGCUUAUGAUGGGAAAAUUAAAGUUUGGGACUUGCAAGCUGCUCUUGACCCUCGGGCCCCGGCCAGCACGUUGUGUUUGCGCACCUUGGUGGAACAUUCUGGACGUGUGUUUCGGCUACAGUUUGAUGAAUUUCAAAUCAUCAGCAGCUCCCAUGAUGACACUAUCUUGAUUUGGGAUUUCUUAAAUGUGCCUCCCAGUGCCCAGAAUGAGACCCGUUCUCCCUCCAGAACAUACACUUACAUCUCCAGAUAACAGUCUGCACUUUACCCGUUUCAGGGUUUCCUAGUCUUGAACUACUGGCUACGUGGCUACCAAAUGCCUAAGGGAGUUCUUCACAGCUGAGUUAUGAAGCUGGAAUUGGUCUAGACGCUGGGUAGAUGCAAAGCAGCCUAACUCUUCAAGUUCCGACAUUUCUCACCUCUGAUUCCGGCCUCUCCUUCGAGAAGGAUACCUUAGCUUCACUGACUUCCACUAGAACAGAAGCCCGUUUCCUCCCCUCAGUGAAAAAAUCUAUGCUUCAGAUGUAAAUUGUUCAUAUGAAAGGAACGCACAGUCUGUUUCACGGAAGUAAAUCGACCGUCAAGAGAAGACUUGGCCUCUAAUUUAUAUUGCUUUGCACUUUGGUCUGAUGUUAAGAAACAGCAUUCUUCUUCGGUGAAAUUUUGGGUGCCAAACACCUACCCAGAAUGUCCAGGGCCUUCCUUUUCAGAAGUUAGCAUUCUCCUUUUGACCAUCCAAGUCAUUAUGAAUUCUGACUUGUGUUAGGAACAUGGUGGACAAUGGAAAAAUUUCUCUGGAUUGUUUUAGUAAUAUUUUUGGGAUUACACUUCCUUUCUGUACCAGUUUCUUUUAAUUUAAAGAACUAUAAGCCAGGUUAUAUUAUCUCCCAACAGGUAAUAUAGCUCUUUUCUUUUAUUAACUGUUCCCUGUACUCCAACCAUCUCCUGAUAUUUGGUAGAGUAACACCUUUCCACAUGUGCUUGCCUCCUAAUUUAAAAUACUGUAUCCGCAUGUAGAUAUAAUGUACAUAACAGUUUAACCUCAAGAUCGCUGGAGUCAGGGCCCCCAUGCCUGAGACACUAAUACAGAGUGUGUUCGCACUUAGCCAUGGGCUGGACUCAAAAACCUUAUGCCAGGGUUGAUGUGGAUUACCUAGAACCCUUCCUGCAGUAUUCAUAGGGUGUUUUAAUUUUGUUGUUGUCAUUGUGUGUGUGUGGUGUGUAUGUUUUUAAUGGGACUCUUGUUUUAAAAUGUAACUUUGAAAGUUUAACACAAAAUAUUUGUUGUGCAGUAUACACAAUAGAGAGGUACCUUAAAAUUUUUUUGUUCUUUUCUUCAUAAUUACUCCUAACCACUAGUGGUCACUUCCCAUAGUAUUGAUUUGACUUCACUGUCAAAGAUCAUUAUUCUGUGCAUUAGUAACCCUGAGAAGGGAAGAACAAGAAGGCCCUGUUGACUGGGUUUCCUGGCUCUAGAAUUCACGCAUCCUGGCCGUGGCAGGAUGCUAGCAGGGCCCGCCUGUAUUGGAGACUGUAUACCAGCUCAGGCUGGUUCAGGGCCCAUUUUGAGUGCAAGGGCAGUCCUCCGUGGUGCAAAGCCUCAAGCUCCUGAAUCCCAUCCCCGUCAUCUCUGGCGUUACUUGCUGUCGUGGCCCCGGCAGGUUCUCCGGCUCCCGAGUGCUCCGCAGCUCGAAUGUGGGAAUGGCGCUGUCAUGCUGACCGUGCCUGGAAGCGGCUCUGGCAUCCGGUGGGCACUCCUUUUCCCUCGUUCAAUCUUAGGUUUUGAUUUGCCCCUUGCAUUGUUUCCAAAGAUCAACGAAUGUCAGUACCAUUUAAAGGACCAAUGAGAACCUCCUGCUGGUUCCCCUCCCCUGUGGAAGCACACUCUACUACUAAAGGGACGGCCCUGGGCUGUGUGUCCUUGGCAUUGAGAACGGUGUGGGGAUCAACUGUAUGAAUGUGACUUGUUUCGUGGGUUGACUUUGCUUUCUAGUUUUUCAUUUUCCUUUUUUUAAAAAUACAUCUUUCCCUCCCACAUGUGACUAAAUUAAUUCCUAUUUUUGAGAAGUCGUCUGAAAGUGUAAAAACAAAAUAACUCGCCUUUCAUAAGGUCGAUGUUGUAAGCUUGACGGUGGCUGUGAAAGUGGUUUAACUUUUACCACUCUUCCUCUUACAGCUUCCAUACCGACCUGCUUCGGAGAGCCCAGGGGCGGAGGGGGGAGGGGAGGAGGCAAUUCUUCUGAACGAAUGGACUUUUGUUGUUGUUUUUGCAUGUUCUUGUUCCUUGGGCGAUCAUGGCCUUUGAAUAUGCACACAACCUUUGAAUUGUGCCUACUAAAUUAUAGCAGGGGACUUCGGCACCCAAGGACUCCUCUCUUUGUGGGGUUAUAGUAGGAAUUCCCAGCUGUACUCUGGACUUUAUUUUGCUAACCAUAACUGAGCAACUGUAAAUUACUGCUAUAUUAAUGUUUUAAAGCACUGGGAUAGUCUAAUUCUAACUUGUAAUUAAUUAUGUUUGCCAAUUAUCUGUUUGAAAUAAAUUUGUGUCUAAACAGCUAUUGAAACUGUUAAAUUGUACAGAUAUUAUUCAUGACAGCUUUGUACUGUGGAAUGUGCUUAAUAAAAAACAAAAAGUUUGA